AUGAGUACCAUUUUCCUUCUACUAAUCAUCUCCUUCUUUGCACCAACAAAAUCUGUUUUCUCGGUCAAGCAACAAUAUUUUACUUUGGUAGCUUCCGGUAAACGAGCCAAAAAUUGCGUCAUUUCUAACGCCACAUUCGGUACGAGACUCUUCUGUUUGAAGCAUUGUUUAGUGAAUAGCCAAUGUUUCGGUGUGAAUUACCAUUCGGAAAGUGGUUUGUGUGAAUUUUUAUCGGAGAAAUUAGAUUUGAAUUUCUUGGAAGACGAUCUUGAUUUUGGCUUAUUUCAUAAAAAGAUCGACUGCGUAAAUUCUCCGUGUAAACACGGCCAAUGUAUAAACACAGACUUAACUACUACCGAAUACAGAGCAUAUUCCUGUGAUUGUCCAUGUGGAUGGUGCGGAUGGAAUUGCGAAAGAAUUAAUUACGGAAUAAAGAAAAAUAAAUGCAUCGAGUUGAAUAAUGCCGGAUUUAAAAAGGUGAAGAGUGAUAAAGAAUGCAUGUUAUUCUGUGCCCAGACUCCCGAUUGCAGAUCGGCAGAUUUUAUUCUUGAUAAAAAUGAAUGCUGGCUGAAUGCUGUCGAUGAUAAAAUAGAAAGUCUCAACGAUAAUUGUACCGGAGCUUGGUUUUUAGCAUUUGAUUGUGAUUGUUCGAACUCCAAAUAAUUAGAAAUUUUUUAAUAAUACAUAAAUAUUUUUUAAAAAAGAAAUAAAUAAAAUCAUUUUAACUCAAUUUGAGAUGAUUAUGAUUAGGUGAUAAUUUCAUUAAUUAUCUAAACUUCCACACUCAUGAGGAACAGAAUCCGAAUUCUUGAGCUUACCUCGGACUCGGGAUUUCCCAGAGCAGAAGGUUGAUGCCUUUAUCGCAUCCAUCUUCCAGAUUUAACGUGGAAGAAUUCAGAAGUAGGACUAUGUUAUAUACAGAGAAGUAGGAGUAGGUUACACUGGACGAAAUUCCAUAGAAUUAUUUUUGUUAAGUUUGUUGACGAUUCCCCAAACUAUUUGUUUAAAAAUUAUUGUAAUUUAAUAGAAUUCAAGAAA